AAUAUGGUGGCCAGCUUGGCAGACCUACGGUUCUUGUUGAUGAUAUUGUUGCUCUGCGGGAGGAUCGGGGACGGCGCCUGCAGCCAGGAAGCCCCGCGCGUUCUGGGGUUGCGACUGGAGGACCCAGAAGGCCGGGUGUAUAUGAAGGAGAGGAUAAUCUCUGCGCCGCAAGGGGCCAGUUUCAAGCUCCGGCUGUUCGGCUCGGAUCUGAAUGGUACCUGGCCGUGGGUGGCGUUCGCUGGGGCUAGACUGGGGGAGGCCGGGGCGGUGGGGGAUGCAGCCGACCCGUGUGGGCAGGAGACCCGCCGUGACACCUCCGCCUUCCAGGUCACCGGGGAGGUCACGGCAGACGAGGAGUACAGCGGGCUGAUAGAGGUAAAGGUGCGGGACAAGAGCAUUAUGUCUCUCACUGCAGGGGAUGAUGCCAACCCGACCUACCACCUGUGUGUGCUGAAGAGCGGGAGUUGGGUGUCAGUAGGACUGGACAGGCUGCGGAUCAACAACGAAAAUGGUCUCCCAGCGGACUACAUCCCUCCGUGGGGUGUGGCGGUGCUGAUUGUGCUGCUGAUCCUGGUGUGUGGGGUGCUGAGGACCGUGAACCUCAGCCUGCUGUGGCUGGACCCUCUGGAGCUCUAUGUCCUGCACAGCUGCGGCUCUGAGGAAGACAAACGGGCCGCCAAGCGCCUCGAGCCCAUCCGGAGAAGGGGCAACUUCCUGGUGUGUUCCCUGCUUUUCCUGUGCGCUCUGGGCCAUUCGGUUCUAGGUGUGCUGCUCUACCGGGCCCUGGGUUCCAUAGCACCCGCCGUCUUCACCAGCGGGUUCCUCAUCUUCCUGGUGUCAGAGCUGGUUCCACAUAUAGUGUGUUCCGGCUACGGCUUCCAGCUGGCCCCAGGCCUCACCUGGCUGGCACAGGUGUGUAUGGUGCUGACGUGCCCACUGUCGUGCCCACUGGGCCUGGUGCUGGAUCUGGCACUGAGACGUGACAUCAGCACCUGCGGCGUGAGGGAGAGGGCCAUGGAGAUGAUACGGACCAAUGUCAACGACCCCUACAGUGAAUUUGUGAAGGAGGAGUUUAGCCGUGGUGCACUGCGCAGUAAGACAGUGGAGGACAUCCUGACUCCGCUCAAGGACUGUUUCAUGCUGUCUUCCACCGCUGUGCUGGACUUCUCCACCAUGUCAGAGAUCAUGCAGAGUGGAUACACGCGUGUCCCAAUCUACGAAGAGGAGAGGUCCAACAUCGUGGAGAUACUGUACGUGAAGGACCUGGCUCUGGUCGACCCUGAUGACUGUACUCCCAUGACAACGAUCACCAAGUUCUACAACCACCCUCUGCACUUUGUCUUCAACGACACCAAACUGGACGCCAUGCUGGAGGAGUUCAAGAAAGGAAACUCAGCCCUGGCCAUCGUUCAAAAGGUGAACAACGAGGGGGAGGGAGACCCCUUUUAUGAGGUUCUGGGAUUGGUCACCUUGGAGGACGUCAUCGAGGAGAUCAUCAAAUCAGAGAUCCUAGAUGAGUCUGACGGAUACAUCGACAUGAAGGUGAAGCGUCCUCUGGCCCCUCUGGAGAUUUCCCUGGAGCCUCGCAGCGUCCACGAAGAAUUCUCUCUGUUCAAACUUCCCGAGGGCGAACCCAAGAUCCGCACCUCGCCCCAGCUACUGCUGGCCACACACCGCUUCCUGUCCAGAGAGGUAGAACACUUCAGUCCAGCCCGUGUGUCAGAGAAGGUGUUGUUCCACCUGCUGCGUCACCCCAGUGUCAACCAGGAAGUCCACUUUGACCCCUCCAACCGCCUGAGCCCAGACCACUACCUUUACACACGCAACCACCCCGUAGACUACUUCAUACUGCUACUACAGGGCCGUGUGGAGGUGGAGAUCGGUAAAGAGGGCUUGAAGUUUGAGAACGGAGCAUUCACAUACUACGGUGUGUCUGCACUCAGAGCGCCAACCUCAGUGCACCAGUCUCCAGUGUCGACCCAGCGUCAUUCUCCCAGGGAUCCGUUUGAGUUGGGAGAUGCCACCAGCUCGUCCAGCUACUGUCCUGACUACACCGUCCGUGCCCUCACUGACCUGCAGCUCAUACGGGUGACUCGCAUGCAGUACCUGAAUGCUUUGAUGGCGUCACGUGUUGGCCAGAGCCCGGACCCUUCUGAAAUCAAGAUCCUUCCCAACAGUCAGACCAAGCUGAUCAACGAGAGGAACAUCACCACGCAAGGUGGCAGUAAAUCCCAGGAGAGUUCCACAGAAGAGGAGGCUCAUGGGUAAUGCAGUUUUCUCCCUCAGAACUACGUGUGUUACUCAGACGACCAACCGACAGUCACAUGAGGCUGUUUUUAGGAGUAGACUUAAUGUGUUUAUCAGUGAAUCACUUAUCUCUGAAAUGCAGUGAUUGAACCUGGCUAGUGUGAGCGUGUGUGGCGCUGUUGCACUAUCCUCAGUCGUACUUCUCAUUCAUUAUAUGUUUCGCAUUGAAUCAGCCAUGGCAAUUGUGCGUGUGUAUGCAUACCUGUGUGUGUGUCUCUCCUCCCUGUUGUAAAUUCAGCCUCCUUUCCUAAACGUUACAUUGCCUGUUCCUUCAUUUAUUAUCAGUGUGCCAAAGCGACUCACCUUAACCUCCUGUGGGUGUACGUGUGUGCGUGGAUUGUCAAAACUCCGUCCAUCCAAGCAUUAGACGGAGGGUGGUUUAAAAAAAAACAAAAAAACAGUUGAUUUGCACAAAAGUGUGGUGAUUUGCUUUAGUAGUUCAAUUAUACGUCCAUUUUUUAUUUUAUACACUCCCACAUUUCAGAUGCAUACAUAUUUGUAUGUAGAGCCAAAUAUUGCUUGUUUUUGUUGUUUAUACCAUUCAAUGCAGUACUUAUUGAUGCCUAAUGAAGGCCUGUAUUUUUUCUUUAGUUAAAGUGAUAGAUCGCCCAACAUUUAAUAAAUAUCUAUUUGAACAUUUUCGUAUUUUAACGUUUUCGGUGAACUAUCCCUUUAAGAGAGCUGAUUCGAUGCCCAUUCCUUUGCACAGUCAGACGUUUAGCUUUAGGUCUGAGCUGUGAUGAGAGAGGCAGAUUACCCUGACCCAAUCUGCUUUCAUGCAUUCCUUUUGUGUGGCCAACAAGAUUCAUGAAGUUGCCGUAGUGUGUGUGUUUGUGUCAUAUCUAAAGCACCUUGUUGAUUUUCUCAUCCUUGAUAGCCCAGUAGGUUGACUUCCAUUAACAUUCCACAUCACUUCUGUGUCCAGGUGUGGGAGUGUGUGUCUGUUGUUUGGCUGGCCGUGUGUGUGCGACUGACCAUGUGUGUAACUCUUAGCGCUUGUCCGUCAGUAUUUAGUCUUACAGACUCCUUCAGGAAACUCAAUUUCCCAUGUUGCAGCGUACCUACCCAUGUGUGCAGGGAACACAUCUGUUACCCACUGUAGAGACUGGAAACCUAGAGAACGGCCUGGUCCAGAAUCAACCCCUUGGGCCUUCCACUAAUGCCUUCCCCUGGCCCAUAGCCUUCUACCCUUUUCUUGUAGGCCCUAGUUAUUGAAUUAAUGUUGGUUGAUCUAAAGAAAAGGUGCUGGCUCCACCUAGCCUUUAUGUCAGGCCUAGGGGACCUUUCACCAUGACGUGUCCACCUAUCUGAUUAAUUCCAAUCUGCAAAUAUCAAAGAGAGAGGGGGUCUUUGGAGUGGAUCAGAGUGCACAGUGCAGACCAUAGCAAAAUGUUUUGCAAUGGAAUAUUAAAAACAAGCAUUUCUUAUUGGACAGGUUCGGGUAGGCCAACCCUGUUUCAGUUGUGUUCUUCUGUUUGGUGACUAAUGAACAUGACACAGUGUUUCCCAGCGGCCAUGUUAGGGGUCGGCCAUCUUGUUUGCCUCAGUCCUUCCCCACCCUUAUGCGGGACGGUCUCGUUUUUGUUUAUCUACUUUAACAAUAAAAAAAAAAAUCA